AUGAUUAGCGCAGAACAGACAGCAGGUGAUGCCACUGCCUUUUUCCAGCUCCAUUGUGGAAGUGCGGGAGCGGCGCCUUUGACAUCUUGGACUCAAGCACAUCCGGAAGCUUAUGCAGUGCGACAAGCAGAUGAUGACCCGAGACCUUCUUGGAUCUCACAGAUGCAUGCGGCAUUCACUGAAGAAGCAUGUACUGAAUGUGAAGAAGAAGGGCCAGUUGCUUUUGUCGAGACAUGGUUUGUCAAGGGCUACUUUGCGCAUGUCACGGAAUACUCCAAAACCUUUCGGAUUACACAAGAGAUUGCUUGGUGGAAAGAUGAGCUGGUUGAACUUUGGAGAGACAAAAUUGAUCUCCACAAGCCAGUCCAAUUUCAUUGGGUCCAGCCAACACCCAUUACGAGUUCCAUGCGUGAACGUUUGGGACAUCUCAUAUUGUGUCAGGAUGUGUCGAACCACUUGGCACCAGCACUUUUGACAGUUGAAUUCCAUGCGGAUGAUUCCUACCGCUUUGGACAAGCGCAGCGCUUCCCAGCAGGAGCAGGUCUCACCUUCGGAGUUCUUCCUCCAGUCAGAGACCUACAUGUUGGCAGCGAGCAUGUUUCUUCUCCAUCGCUGGAACCUUUGAACAUUCAUGGGCAGGACGAAGGCGAGGAUAUUAUUCCUGCACAACCUCCGCUCCAUGACCAGUCCCUAUUCACGAGAAACCUUUUUGAACUAUGGGAUCGGCAAGCUGUCUUUGGCCCAGCACACCUCGAACGACUCCUUCGUGUUGAAACUUGGUAUCUCGAGGGGCGACAUGUCAAGCAUCAUGACGAGCAGCGCAAUGUCGUUCUGGCCGAGGACUAUUGGACCUGGGAGGGGACCUUGGCACAUAGACCAAGCAUUGUGACGGUACGAGACAAUGCCGUCUUGAGGGGCCCUGCCUACACGGCAGCUGUCCUGUUGCCCUCUGCAGUGACAAAGGCAGACAUUAUUCUCCACAUGGGGAAGACAUUCAGCUGCCCGCCACAGAGACCUGAGGCAGUUUGUACAUGCUGGCAUGGCUCCCUUGAAGUCGAAGACCUUCGUCCUUUUCCCAAUAGGGACGUUUACGCCUUUGAUUUGCAUGUUCAUCGUCAUUUACCCGUUGGUUUUUGGUCGGAUGACGAGGAAGACACUGGGGCCGCGGCUUCUACAAGUCUUCUUCAGACAUCAUUUCAUGCGAGACAUGUACCCCUCCGAGAGCAGCCUCAACCUGUUGAAGAGCCACCAACUGAUCCGGAUGAUCGAGCUACUGAGAGCUCCUUGCCAGAGCCGCAGCGUAUCGACAUGGCGCCUGCCAUUCGACUUUUUGAGUGGAUUGAUGCGCAUUUCUUUUUGCCCCAGUUCGACGUGCCCAAUCUGCCUGACUGCCACGCUGCGUGGGAGUGGACCCAGUACUGGUGGGACCCAGGCCAGCCAUGCUUUCAGCUUUGCAUCUACACUGACGGCUCCUUUUCCAAGGUGAUCCAGGAGCAUGAGGCCCCGGGGGGUGCAGCGGUUGCAGCCUUUGUCCUACAGUCUGAUGGAUGGAGAUUUGCGGGGGCUCGCAGCAGUGCACUUGCGGGCGCCACCAAUGCAUAUGUCUCUGAGCUCUCAGCCAUCACAGCGGCAAUUAAGUUUGCGUAUGACAUCAUCAAGGUGCACGUCGCAUGCUUUGGCUUUGCCCCCACUUUUGUCUGUCGCCACGACGCCACUACGGUUGGCCGACAGGCAGAUGGGGCGUGGCAAUGUAUUUCGUGCCCGCUUUUAGGCAAGACCCUUCGAAGCUUUGUGCUUUUGGUCGAGACUGCCUUUGAUGUCGUUGUCCAGUUCGAGCACAUCAAGGGGCAUAGUGGUGAACCAGGCAACGAACUUGUGGACUUUUUGGCGGAUGCUGCAAGAGUGGGGCAAUCUCUUACGCCUUUUGAUGACUGGCUAAGCUACAUUUCACAAAAACACUUUGUGGAUGCCGUACAAUGGGUUUGGCUCCUUGUGGCACCAGAUUUUGCAACGUGUUGGCAUGAACAGACCAUUGUUUUUCCCCCACCGCAGACUGCACCUCAACCUGAUCUACUACCAGUUUCUGACUCCUUUGCAGCGAGCCAGGAGGAUACAAGUGACAGGUAUGCUCUCAUCGAGCUUCGCAUUGCUACCUGCAAUGUCCUGACCUUGAAAGGCAAGGAUGAUCAGUUGACAGGACUUUCAGGGGUCUCUCGCCAACGUAUGUUGUUGCAGCAAAUGAAUGAGGAGGGCAUCAUUCUCUUUGGACUUCAAGACGACCAGAUUUCAGAAAUUGCACUCAGCCUACGUCAGCGCCGCAAGUUGUUCUUUCAUGAGAGCCACUUUGCCAUCAUCGCUUAUGACCCGAGAUAUUUUAUACUUCGAGUGGCAGCUCCCUUUCUACGGAUGCUGGUUGUGGUGGCACAUGCACCUCACUCAGGCGCUGAUAUUGGGGAGCUUGAAGGAUGGUGGCGUGCUCUCUCUGAUGCAGUACCUCCAACAUAUCAGAAUUGGCCAGUGCUCCUUCUUUGCGAUGCAAAUGCGGCGGUUGGAGCAUCUACGUCAAUCCAUGUUGGCGACUACCAGGCGGCCAAAGCUAAUGACAAAGCAACUCCCUUUGAGGACUACAUUGCCCGUACUGGCCUAUGGUUGCCCUCUACAUUCGAACAGUACCAGAAAGGUGACGGCCACACCUGGGCGCACACAUCAGGCAGCGUGAAGCGACUGGACUAUGUGGGGCUCCCUUUGAGCUGGACUUUGCAAACUUGCGAGGCAUGGGUGAGUCAGGCCAUUGACCCAGCCAUUCUUCGAGCCGACCACUCUGCAGCCUGUGUGGCCAUGUCUUUCAUUUCUGGAGACCGGAACAUACGAAAAAUUCAUCACGAACAGACCUUACGCCACUUGGACGUGAAAGAGAUCAACUGGGGAGGCCUACAAGCACCCUGUGAUCUGCAGGUCGAUGUCCAUUCUCAUCUCGACCAUCUACAAAGUCGAUUGGUUGAGCACUUGCUUCCGCAAGGACGCAUUAGGCGCAAGGUGCCAUUCAAGCAGACGAUGUCUGAGGCUACCUGGGAGCUUGGCGGGCCUGGAGACAGUCAAGAAUUUGUGGCGCGUUGUGCGUCGCUCCCUGGUUACAAUCCACACCAUCUGGUUUCUUUGGAGGGACAAUGGGCACCGCACUUCUUUGGAGUACCCUCAACUGGUCCCAUUUUGAGCAAACAGCUCCCUUCCCUUUGUGAACUGGAAGAUUCGCUCCGGCAGACGCAAGCUGACAGAUCGACAGGCUUCGAUCCAGUGCCAUCUGCGGUGUACCACCACCACGCACCCUUUUUAGCGAAGUACUUCUAUCAGGUUCUCUUGAAGGCCUUCAUGUGGGGCUGCGAGCCAGUUCAAAGUAAGGGGGGUGAGCUGAAGAUGAUCCCCAAAAAACAGGGUGCCAUUGAAGUUCAGCACUUCAGAGGGAUCCUAUUACUCCCAACAUUUGCAAAGCGGCUGCAUGCGAUUCUGCGAGCGAGAUUGAUGCAGCAGACAGCCCGCAGGCGUGAUCCUGGACAAAUGGGAGGCUUUAUGGGCCAACAGGUGGCCUUUGGCUCACACCUCAUUCGGGCCCUCACCAACACCUUUACGGCAAAGGGAUGGAGCUCCGCUGUUUUAUUCGUGGAUCUUUCUACGGCUUUUCAACACCUGGUGAGGCAGCUCGUUGUAGGAGCGGACGAGACUGAGGAGCUCAAUGUGGUUUUGGAAGCCCUGUACCUAAUUUUGAACACCUGA